AUGCAGUAUAAACCAUAUCGGAUUAUUUGGUGCAGUUUGACGCAGUAUAAACCAUAUCGGAUUAUUUGGUGCAGUUUGACGCAGUAUAAACCAUAUCGGAUUAUUUGGAUUAUUUGGGAUAGUCUGACGCAGUAUAAACCAUAUCGGAUUAUUUGGGAUAGUCUGACGCAGUAUAAACCAUAUCGGAUUAUUUGGGAUAGUCUGACGCAGUAUAAACCAUAUCGGAUUAUUUGGGAUAGUUUGACGCAGUAUAAACCAUAUCGGAUUAUUUGGGAUAGUUUGACGCAGUAUAAACCAUAUCGGAUUAUUUGGGAUAGUUUGACGCAAUAUAAACCAUAUUGGAUUAUUUGGUGCAGAUUGACGUAG